CAGUCUCACUAACACCUGAUGAAGGAGCGAGCCUCCGAAAGCUUGUGUUUUCAAAUAAACCCUUUGGACUAUAAAACCUGGUAUCGUGUGGUUUUUCACCUUGGCCGACCAGGCAGACGGGAACAAGUGCGGGGCGGAAGUACUGUCUCCGGUUUGGCACAGGCGGAACGGAUGUGAGGUCAUGAGCGGGGGCGGCCGGACGGUCACCGGUUUUGGGGAAAAUUAGCGAAACGGAUAUGAGCUCACAGGCGGGGGCGGAAGGAUUACCACCGGUUUGUGAAAACAGCGGGACGGAUGUGAGGUCACGGGCGGGGGCGGAAGGACUGUCGGCUGCCUGGAGGCAUCGGAACGGAUGUGAGGUCACGGGCGGGGCGGAAGGACUGUCGGCUGCCUGGAGGCAUCGGAACGGAUGUGAGGUCACAGGCGGGGCGGAAGGACUGUCGGCUGCCUGGAGGCAUCGGAACGGAUGUGAGGUCACGGGCGGGGCGGAAGGACUGUCGGCUGUCUGGUGUCAUCGGAACGGAUGUGAGGUCACGAGCGGGGCGGAAGUUAAGUCAUUGCCUGGGGAACGGAUUGUGAAGAGACACCCGAACAUGUCCCACGGAAGUUGUUUCCUUGGAUCCAGAACACCAAUGGAAGUUGACUUGAUGGUAAAGCAGUUAAAGGAUUUAGACAAAGAAAUCUUCAGAAAAAUACUUAAAGCUGUCGUCAAUUCACUCGAAGGAAAAGAUUCCAGAGAAUCUGUGAGAAGUAUCGUCGAGACAGAAAGCCUGUCUGAGGAGCAGCUAAGUUAUAUCCUAGCGGGCAUGUACACUUUGCUUGGAGAAGCUCUGCGGUUACCACAAACAUCCCUCAAGCAAGAGGUUUUUAAGGGGGAUCUAAGGGACCUCAGGAUUCCAGAGGAAUUUAUUUCUGACUUUGCGAGUGUUGUGUUUGGCAACAGACGGUCAGUACUGGAGACUGCAGCCUUGCAAAACCGGACUCGAUUGCCAACUCUUAAGGAUUUCAGAUGGAGAGUUGAUGUGGCUAUUUCUUCCAGUUCUCUGACUCGCGCCUUGCAGCCUGCUAUACUGAUGCAGUUAAAACUGUCGAAUGGUAAUGUCCAUCGUUUUGAAGUACCAGUUUCAAAGUUCCAGGAAAUGCGUUACAAUGUUGCCCUAAUCCUGAAGGAAAUGAAUGACUUGGAAAAGAGAAGCAUUCUCAAAAUUCAAGAUUAGCCUAUUUGUCAUCAAAACGAAACUGCAAACCAGUGUUGUAUGUCAGGACCUUUAUCUAUAUAUAAUAUAUAGAGUCUUUAUAUCAAAGGCAAACUAGCUUUAUUAAAGCUGCCUAACCUAGAGAAUUUUCCAUUAUUUUUAUUACAUGCAAUCAUGAUUUGUGAACUGGGACCACUGGUAUGUCACAACUUCUUGAAUUAAUUUCAGUAUUCAACAGCCUUAAAAUGCCUGUCUGUCUCAGAGGCAGCCUGUGUAUCAGUUAGGGCUGAUGCAACUGGUAUGAUAGAUCAGCCCAAGUCUCCUACUGUCCAGGAGUUUAUUUAAUCAGGAAAAUUACAUUGGCAGUAGUCUGUAUAUAGAGUGGUAGAGAGAGGGGAAAUUUUGAAUUAUGGAGUAAAAUCAAACAAAAUUAUGCAAGAAAUUUGAUAAGCAAGGGCAAAAGUACAAGUUAAAACUGGAAAAUGACUAAAGAAUGAAAGUCAUGUGUUUGAACAUGACCAGCCCUUUUAUGUAAGGUUUUGAGUGGAGUGACCUUUAGCUUGUACGAUAACAAAUCUAGUUUCAAAUGUAAUAUAAACCUCAAAACUGGUGGAACUUGGUAUAAAUGGCACUAUACUUUUGUCAUUUGCUUUUUCAGUGUGGUAAGUUUCUGAUCAGUACAGAACCCAAGCAUUGUGUUUGUGGCUCCAAAUCAGUGAAAAAUCGAUUUGCAGAGGAAGUGUAUUUGUCUAGGCCUAUGUGUGAAUGUACACCUAUUUAUCUUGCUUCAAGGAUCUUGGAUUCAGACAGGAACUAUUGAUGUCAAAUCUUCAGACUUGCAUUGUAAGAUCCCAUUUGUUACUCAGUUGAAGCCUAAUGUUUUCAGUGUAAGUCUCUCCCAAAACUGAUAAGAACUGGGAAGCAAUUAAAACAAUAAAAUAUUUGAA